GGCCGAACAUGGCGCCGGGCGACUGGCGCCAGGGCUGGUGGCUGCUCAGCGCCCUACUCCUCGCGGCGCUGCUGGGUCCCGCUGCCGUGUCCUCCUUCUCUUCCUUCUCCUCCUCCAGCCCCGGCGAGCCGCGGAGCCCCGUGCGAGUGCUGUGCGGCUCCAACUGGAGCCUGGUGUUGCAGGGCCAGUGGAUGCUGGAGUUUUAUGCUCCCUGGUGUCCAGCUUGUCAGCAGAUUGAAUCCACCUGGGAGAGCUUUGCCAAGGAGAGUGAACAUCUCGGCAUCACGGUUGGGAAGGUGGAUGUCACUCAGGAACCAGGCUUGAGUGGUCGUUUCUUCGUCACAACACUUCCUACAAUUUACCAUGCCAACGACGGAGUGUUCCGCAGAUACCGAGGCUCCCGGACACUGGAAGAUCUUCAAGGCUACAUUUUAGAGAGGAAAUGGGAAGCUGUGGAACCUGUGGCAGGAUGGAAAUCUCCAUCUUCUAUAAUGAUGCACGGCAUGGCAGGGCUGUUCCACUUCUCGGGGUGGAUCAGGCAAAUCCAUAACUACCUCACCGGCACUCUUGGAAUUCAUGUUUGGGUUUCUUAUGCAAUCUUCAUCUUGGCCACUUUACUGAUUGGCCUCUUCCUGGGUUUGAUCCUGGUUUUGAUUUCAGACUGCCUCUGCCCAGCCAGCUCAAAAUACAAAGCUGAAACACCUGAGGAAGCCGUCACGAAGGACAACGUGGAGAACGCGGCGCUGGAGGAGCCGGAGGAGCCUACGGAGCUUUCCGCAGACGAAGCGGAAGAGGCUGCGGAUGGGAAGGAUCUCUCAGAGGGAGAAGAUGCAGCAAACUCAAGUGCUGAGGACUCCGAGGAGGAUUUGGCACUUGGGAAAGAAUCAGGGGAAGAAGAAACAGAAGACUUGAGCGAACAACCUCUGACUGAGUCAGAGACCGAGAGCUCAGUGAGGCAGCGCAAAAGUCAGGGGGCCGAGAAGGAACUCUAGUCCUCCGUGGGGGAUUUUGUGCACCUGGACCAAAGAAGUGUCAGACCAGGGUCUGAAGCUGGAGCUUAAACUUGAUUUGUCAUUUGUGUUUACCAAAACCUCUGCUCUGUCAGCAGGCUUGUCUUUUUUUUUUUUUUUUUUUUUUUUUUUUUUAAGCUAGGACUGGCUUCCUUUGUUCGAUAAGCACAGAUGCUGUGUAACCUUAGCCGUGACAAUCAGAACCAGGGGGUCUUAUCUGGUCCUUGUCUUCUAAGAGAAAAGGGGUGUGAGCCUCAGUUCACCAGCUGGGGAAUAUCUGUAUAUGUGUGUGUGUGUGUGUGUGUGUGUGUGUGUGUCCCUCCCUGAGCAAGGUCAGGGCUUUUAACUCCACAGUAGCUUGGCAGGACUGUGACUUCUCUGUCUGAAUGUUUAUUGUUCCCAAACGCCCCAGGAGCACAGAUAAGGGAUACACUCCCGAAAGAAGGCACCUUACCAGUCUUCUCUCAAAAAUGUUGUGUACAAUGGGUUUGGUUUUAUCACUGUCAACUGAAGCACCUUUCUCACUCAUCUUUGUUCACGUUGUUGUCCCGCAGCACGUCCCCAGAUGUGUCAGUUUUUGGUGAUCCAGAGGCACAGCUCGAGUUCUUUGACCCAAGAAGUUGGAAUAAUUGAAAACCUCAGGCAGAAAGAGAGUGGCAGCUAAAUGUUGAAAAUGUGUUGGAACUUUUUAAAAGGUUCAAAGGAAAUUAUUUUGUUCAGGGGGAAUUUUUGCCAAAGCAUGACUUUUUUUUUUUUCUUUUUCCCCCAAUUUGUUCCCAUCAGGAGAUUGUAGCAAGAAGUAAUCACUUGGCAGUCAGUGAGUUGUGUGUCUCUUGCCAAUCCAAGCUUGUCAUAUGCAGUGCAGUCCUGCCAUUUCCAGCUGGGAAUACUUUUGGCAGAACUGAAGAGGCACUUAGGGGUUUAACCUUUGAUCACUUUUUCUACUUUUUGUCACUGGGAAAAGAGAGGGGCACGGGUGGGUGGUGGGGAGAAGCUGUUAGUUUUGCUACUUAUAUCACAAUAAAAAUGUCUCUGCUGAAACAUGUACAGUGAAAAUGACUUGUCAGGUGGACAGCAUUAGGUUGGUUAGAAGACUUGAGUCACUAGAGAAAUCACUAUCACUCCUUUGACUGGGUUAACUGGUUUAACUGGGUGAGUUUUUUUGGGAAGGAACAUCUACAGUGAGGGUCCUGUAUGUUUGAUUUGUUGGUGUGUGACCAUGUUUGUAAGAUGUGUCUUAAUCUUGAUGCUAUUUUUAAAAUAUAUAUAUAUAUAUUGCAUAAGCCUUGCUCACAUGCAUGCAUUUCACCUUGUUCUUCAAGAAUGGAGAGUGAUCAGAGAUGAGAUCAUCUCUCAUUAGAAGAGACAAGCUUGCAAGUGCAAAAUGCUGGUUUCCUUUGAGACUGAGAUUAAUAAGGGCAAUUUGUGUUGGAAGUAAUGUUUUGUUGUUGGGUUUUGGUUUUUUUUUUUAAAUGCUCAUAAAGAACAUAUUUACUAAGAAAGCUUAGCUUUUCCUGUCUGUGUCCUGUCUCAUGUGAUGGUUUAUAACAUCCAUUGCACUAUAAUGAGAAGAGUCUGUGUGGGAUGUGCCCCAUGGAAUGAGCAGUUGUGGAAGCUCACACAGCAGCUUUUGAAAAGCUAAACUUUUAUAUCCAAAAAUCAGAAAAAACCCCCUCUGUGGCCACUGUAGCUUGAAAACCGUACACUUCAAAGUUCAGAGUACAGAAUUGUUUCCCUUAUGUUUCUUUUUCCCGUUAUCUGUGCAUCAGGAGCUCUGGGAAGUCCGAAAGAAACCCAGGAGUGUGACCAUGUUUCGUGACACGAGCAGGAGCUGGGGUGUGUGUUCAGGUACAGGAACUGCAUAAGCUAAUGUCAGAAUAGACAUAUUCCCUGAAUUGUGGGUCCAAACCUACCGGGCACUGAAAAAUCUGUGGGACUGGAUCCAGCGCAGGUUGAGGGCAGUGAUGCCUUUGCUUGUCCCCAGAGAGGACGUUCUGUACCCCCGAGGGUCCUGUGGUUCUCAGGGCACAGGAGGGAGCAUGUCCAUGUGGAAUUCUGAUUGGAUUUCGCUUCACUUUUGUAUUCUCAUGGAGCCAGUCACCUGAUGUUCUCUCCAGCUGUUUGAAGAGGUUUUUGACUUUAAAAGGUACAGCACAUCCCUGUGGCUUUCUUGAAUGCUGUUGGGAAUUGAAGGGUGAAAAAGUCAGGGAUAGCUCUUCUCCGUGCUCAACUCGAGGUGUUUGGAUGUUUAGACAACAAGGAGUUUUCCCAGGAGUUGGGUUUCACUACGCUGUCUUUGGAUUCCAAAGGCAAACAAACCCACAAGUGGCACUUUGUCCUACAAGGCACAGGGGUUGUGGGAUGCUCUGAGGAAGAUCAGAAGCUCCUGUGUGUGGUGAGUGGAGUCUCUGCUGACAUUUCCUCUGUUGUUGCCUGGCACCGUUGAGUUUGGGUUGUUUAAACUGAAGAGAUCAAGAAUUUUCCUGUGGGAUCACUAAGCAGGGAUUAAGUAAGCAGGCAGCAAAUGACCACAGUUUAGAUCUGUCUUGGGAAUCUGGAAAUGAGCUAUGCCAGGCUUCUGAGGGUUCCUGAACAUAGUAGGGAUGUCAUUGCUCCUGUGUUUUCAUCAAUAAAGUAGGGAAUAUUAAUGGGGUUUGACAUGUAUUGGUGUAUCUCAUUACAAAGAUCACUAAAUUGUAAUUAGGCUUUAGAAAAAGAGAUGCUGUGCAGCCAUUGAUCCCUCCAACUUAGCUGUACGUUUGGAGGAGAUUUAUUGGAGCGUGACACUGGACAUACCCAGCUGUGACCAAAGUUUAUCUGGCAAACAACAAGUAGCAAACACUGCAGAGGCUAAAUUUGUGUUCAACAGAAAAACUAUGAGCUAUGCAGUAAAGGUGUCAUGUUCAUAUGCUUUCCAGGAUCAGUUUUCUUCCCGCUAAAACACGUUUUAAUUGAAUCAUGCCAGUAGUACUAAUGAGACUGUUUACAGUUGUGUUAAACUUGGUGUGUUUCCAAAAAGUCAGGAUCGACCUUUUGUGCCAUCUGAGCAUUCUGUUAUGAUUAAUCUUAAAAAUUGGAGCUUGUUCUUGCAACCUCAGUGUAGACAAAAUGGCCUUGGAGGAGCUGCUGCUGCCACUGUUUAGAGUGCUUGGAUUAAGGACAGGGCUGCAGGGCCUCCAAAAUGUGUGUCAAAAUUACUUUGGGGUGGUUGAGAACUAAUUUAAAUGUCAAUUGUGCUGCGUGCAGCUGGCAACCAGCCCCUGAUGGAUCUGAACGGGAAUCCUUAACAGCAAGUCAGUCAAAAAUUCCAGCGGGUUGGAAAUCCAUCCAGCCUUCCAAACCUCUCAUCCUUGAGGUCUGUGUGAAACUUGUGAGUCUUGGAAUGCUCUGUAUCUGCUGCCCCCUAGGUGGGCUGUGUUAUGUGGGAUUGCUUCCUGGAAAUGUCGUGGGAUUGUCUGUUACAUGGAAGUGUUGCAAAUUUAUACUCUGGGUAUUUUUACUGAAAUUCCACAUAAACUUUGUAUUUAUGACCA